AUGUCGGGUUGCAAUUCCCAUACUUUGGUUGAUCCUUUUUCCGUUAUUUGUUCAAGAGGUUAUUCUUAUAACCUUCUUAAUACUUAUUUGCUAUUCUUAAGACAAGAUGAUAAAGAAAAAUUAAAGGAACUUGGAAUUAUAAUUCAUUCACCCACAUUUAAAAAACGUUUAUUUAAUUAUCCAGACUUAUUAAAACCUUUUCGAGGAAUCAAAUCAAAGAAAAUAACUUUUCUUGAAAAAUAUAAGGAAAUCAGAAAGUUAACUAUGGGAACAAAUUAUAGUUUCAGUCAUUUAUUACCUAUAUCCAAAAUAAUUUUGGAUCAUCCAGAGUUGAUAUCUGACCUUAAAAAGCCUACGUUAAAUUCAUCUUUUGAUGAUUAUUCCAACCCUAUUUAA